AUGCCAGAAGCCGAGUCCGCUGCCAAGGCGGCAGAGGAGCCGAAAAAGAGUCCCAAAACGGAUCAAAACGAAAAGUACUCCUUGAGGGUCAAGAAGGAGUUCCUUCUGGAUAAACGCCCUCCGAGUUUGGGGGAUCUUCCGCCCGAAAUCGUCCCAGAGGGUGGAGGCAACAAGAAGAACAAAAAACAGAAAUCGAAAAAGCGUCCUCGAGAUCAGCGGGUUCCCAAUUCGGAAAAGUUGUGUUUGGCAAUGCUCAAAGGCGACGGCUGUCCCUUUGGGGAAGAAACCUGCAAAUUUUCCCAUGACAUUAAGGAGUUUUUAAAGACAAGACUGGACGAUAUUACAACUGUGGAAGGAGGCUGUCCCAAUUUCAACGAAAAGGGAUUCUGUGUCUUUGGGGCCAUGUGCCGUGUGGGAUCCUCUCAUUUGAUCAAAGCCACUGGGGAAAGCAUGCGCAAGGAGGGAGUUGUAGCACCACCUCCCAUUCAAAAUAUUCUGCCCAAAGAAAUCCUGAUUCAGUUGAGAAAGAGAAAAUACCCCUUCAAAUGUCAGUACAGGAAAAAGGAAAGGAAUGAUAGGUUUUUAAAGAACCAACAGGAUAAUAAUAGCAACAAGGAUGAGACGAAAGAGUCCAAGAAAGAAGAAGAUAAAUCAAAAGCUGACAAAUCCCCCGAAAAUGCCAAGAAAGAAAGCGAGCAAUCGCCGAACAGCGGGCAAAAGACGGAAGGCGGCAAAGCAGAAAACGACAAAAGUCCCAUCAAGCCCAUCUUCGAUCCGUUCCGUCCAAAAAUGACAGAAGAAAAGGCUAACUCAACACCAUUCCCAGCCAAAACAAAGAAGAUCAUUGACUUUUCCAAUAAGGUCUAUGUUGCCCCUCUUACGACAGUGGGGAACUUACCCUUUCGACGGAUCAUGAAGAAGUUUGGCGCCGACAUUACGUGCGGCGAAAUGGCUGUGGCAGGGAACCUGUUGGAAGGAAAGCCUUCUGAAUGGGCACUCUUGAAACGUCAUCCGUGUGAAGAUGUCUUUGGCAUUCAAAUUGCUUCGGGGUAUCCAGACCAGUUCACUAGGAUUGCUGAGGUAAUUGAGAGUCACUGUGAUGUUGACUUUGUGGAUAUGAACCUCGGUUGUCCUCUCGAUAUCAUCUGCCAGAAGGGCGCCGGUGCAUCUCUUAUGCUGCGCGCGAACAAUCUCAAAGGCAUUCUAUCCGGGGUCACCAGUGCCUUGUCCUGUCCAGUGACUGUCAAGAUGCGUACUGGCUGGGAGUCUGAGAAACCAUUUGCACACCAACUUGUCGCCAAAAUUCAAAGCUGGGGGUUUGAUGGCGUCGCGGCUGUUAUGGUCCACGGCAGAUCGAGAUUGCAGAGAUAUUCGAAUAAUGCCGACUGGGACUACAUCAGUAAAGUCUCGCUGUCUCAAGACGAUUCUGCUCCGAAGAUUCCUGUGAUUGGCAACGGUGACAUCUUCUCUUACACGGACUACGAAGAAAAGAUUGCUCGCGAGGGCAUCUCGUCGACGGCAAUGCUUGCGAGAGGUGCUCUCAUCAAGCCGUGGCUUCCAACGGAGAUCAAGGAAAAGCGGCACUGGGACAUUAGUGCUUCAGAACGGUUGGAUCUUUUGAAGGAUUUCGUCAAGUUUGGAUUGACUCAUUGGGGCUCGGACCAGCAGGGAGUCGACAAUACUCGACGGUUUUUGCUGGAGUGGUUAUCUUUCUUGUAUCGUUACGUUCCUGUUGGGAUUGUUGAAGGAGGUUGGGUGCAACAGAUGAAUCAGCGCCCUCCCCCUCACAUGUGCGGCCGUUCGGAUUUGGAGACUCUGUUCCUGUCGGCGCACAGUCAUGAUUGGGUCAAGAUUGCUGAGAUGUUGCUUGGUCCGGUGCCCGAUGGUUUUCGAUUCGAGCCCAAGCACAAAGCGCGAGGAUAUCAGUAG